CAUCCUGUGACGGUCUUUAAUCACACCCAGCUUGACCGAGAGUUAUUCUGAGGAGCUGUGCCAGGUCCCGGGAGGCGGGAAGAACGAGGGGGAGGGAGAGGAGGAAGAGGAAAAGGAAGAGGAGGAGGAUGCUCAUCAGUGUCAUUGAGGUGAAGACACACACCAACAUCAGAGCUGAUGACUGCACACCCGGAUCUCUACACCUAUGCAGUGGCGUGCUCGGCAGCGACGUGUGCCGGAGACCAGUUGCAGUUGGCUUCCUGCCUGUUGACAUGCGCCGGGAGGAAAGGCUGUGAACACGAGUUCAUGCUGAUGAAAUUGAUCUGCUCAGUGAGCUCCAACCUGAGCCAUGGGGAGUACCCGGACUGCAGGAGCGAGAGGGAGUCGGGGGGGGAGGCCUCGCUCCUGGUGUCCCCUCUGGUGGUGGCGGGGAUCGUCAUAGGCCUGGUGCUCUUCCUGUCCUGCGUCACCAUCAUCGUGGGCAGCCUCCGCAAAGACAGCCGACUGAGGAACCCGCACCUGCCAGCCAGCUACGGUCCUGACGCGUACUCCUUCGGGGGCUCGGCGGGGGACCUGAGGUCCGCCUGCUACCAGGACUUCUCUUCCGGUUGGAACUUGGACUCUCUCAGUCUGUCGCAGGUCAACCACUUGUACCCCGACUCUCCUCCACGGUACGAUGAAUGCGUCGGCCCCGACUCCACGCAGAUCUAUAUACCCACAGAUGACCCACCGCCGUACUCGCUAUGGGACCCUUGUCAGGGCCGCUUGGAAGGCGAGGAGACGCCGAACAUCCCCGAUUGCAAUCCCCCUCCGCAGGGCGCCGAGAGCUCAGCCGGCGCUGGUUCGUCGUUGCAACACUCGGCGGGACUACCGGGGCAUCCGCGCAUCGCAUCCAUCUCCUUCCCGACAGAGGCGGCGCCACCGUACGAGGUCGUGGCGGCGAGCGAGCAGCGGCAGCCUCUCCCACUCACGCCAUGCGACCUGUAUAAGCACCGCUCGGAGCGAGACGUCGGCGGACGGCUGCCGGGCAUCGGACAGAUCUCAUAGGAUCGUUCUUUCGGAGCUUUUGACCGCGACACCAUACUGUGGAACUUCUCCCGAACAGAAGCUGCUGGUGUCUCCUCGGACCAAAAUUCAACUGAGGGAGUAUGUGAACUACACGAGAUCUUCCAUCUUAGUAGAAAAAUCCAAAGACUGAUCCAAAAGUCAGCAGGUCUUCUUCAGACAAAGACGUAAGGAAGUUUUUGUUUGGUUGAAGGAAUACAAACCAAAUCAUUCUUUUCGCUGGUUAAUCCUAAACUGGCAUGACAGUCCACCAACUUGAAGUUCUGUGUCCCGCGUAAUAACCUCGAGCUUGUUCAUGGAUGACACACACGUGACCCAGAGCAGCCACGAUAUGAGGUGCACUGAGAUCCAAAACUAGGGCCGUGUUUAAGGCUACGUUCACGCUGCAGGGUCGGAUGUCCAAUUUUUUUGGUCCAAUCCAAUCUUUUUAGCAGCCGUUCACGUAACAGAAAUUUUUUAAAUUUCUAAUGUGAAUGCAAGCUGACCCGCAUGCCGACGCACUGCAGAGUUUACUGAAUUAAACUUAGAUUCAACUCGAAUCGGUCUAAGAAUUUUUAGGAUUAGGUGCAAUCAGAGUCAACAUUUUUUUAAUCGAAUUAUUGCGCGAAGAAGAUUACGACGGAAGUAUUUUGCUUGGAUGUCUGAUUGAAAAGCGUGUCUGCGGGCGAGGAGUGGUGGGACACUCAGUUCCUAAAACAAAGUUUAUUUUCUGCUCCGUUAUCAACUAUUUUGCAACCGUCUAAUUUGCCGAAUAUCUAUUGCUUUUUAAUGAAUGCGACCUGAGCGUUCACAUUGAGGACACAUCGCACAUAUACGAAAAGAGGCCUGGGUCGUGUGUCAACAAUUCGAAAUUGCACUGUUUACAUGAAAAAAUCCGAUACAGGUGGCAUAUGGGCAAAAACAUGGGAACUGACCUGCAGUGUGAACGAGGCCUGAGAUUGUGUGGUAAUGGGGCGAUCACAAUGGGUAUGUAUAGGGAGAGACAUAUUCACCAAAGCGGGAGUUCCGGUUCCGGGUCAGGGUAGACAAGAAAGUCACUAUUAGACAGUUACAAAAGGCAACAUC